AUGAAUUAUUCAGGCACUGAGAUCCUCAGAGUCCCAGAGGGUGAGCGAGUCUCGCUCAGUGUGAACAAUCUCUCCGUUAAAGUGCCCGCCAAGCGUGACAUCGACGAUGAUAUACCUAUCUUAAACGAGGUUUCCUUCGAUUUGGCAUCAUCCAACAUGAUGGCCAUCAUGGGUGGUUCAGGUUCGGGUAAAACCACCUUGCUUAACGUCUUGGCUCAAAGGACUAAUGUGAACAACAAUAAGUUACUCUUCUCAGGGUCCAUGCACUACAAGUGCCCAGAUGAAACCAAAGACAGUAGCAUAUCCGUGGCAUACAUGCUACAAGAAGACCGCUUUCUUCCCGGUUUGACAUUAUUAGAAACACUCCAAUAUCAAGCACAGUUACGUCUCCAUUCCAGUACUAGAGAACAGCAGAACCAGAUUAUUGCACAUUUAUUGAACCUUUUGGAGCUUGACCACCGCAAAGAUGAGAUUGUGAUGUCCUUCACAGAAAAGAUCAAUUUGUCCGGAGGUGAACAGAGAAGAGCUUCUUUGGCUAUUCAGCUUUUAAACAAACCUCAAGUCUUAUUCUUGGAUGAGCCAACGACUGGGUUGGACACCUCUUCCGCAUUGACACUUGUGCAUGUGCUCAGAAAACUUGCAUCACCUGAGAUAGGUAUCACUAUCAUUAUCCUGAUCCAUCAGCCUAGAGCUGAAAUCGCCAGUCUUUUUGACAAUCUUUGUGUCUUGACGCGUGGUGGUAGACAAGUUUUCUAUGGAUCUCUCGAUGGAUCAUUGCUGCAUUUUUCAAAGCUCGAGGGCACUGGAAUCGUUUCUAAAAUGGAUUCUUCUGCUGACUCGUACGCCAUGUUGAAUCGUAUUAUGGCUAUGCUGGUCAAAGACACAAGUUCCCUUUCGAAAGAAUUAUCUACUGCUCGCAUUGUAGAUCAAUUGGUCUCCAUUUGGAAAGAACACAACCCAUACAUUCAAGACUUAACCCCCGAAGCGCAACAAGAAAAUUUGAGAAAAAAUUCGAAAGUUUUCAAGUCCAACAAUCCAUUGCCUUUGUAUCGUGAGGUUUGGGUCUUAACAAAGCGUUCCGCUUUAAUUUCGGUCCGUGACAAGGUUUCUUUGUUGUCACUCCUCGUUGGAGCAACUUUAAUCUCUUUUGCCAUUGGUUGGAUGUUUUUUAAACCAAUUCCAAACCUAUCGGGAAUUAGAUCAAUCACUUCGAGUCUUUAUGCCAUUCUUGAGGUUGUUGGUUUCGCUCCAUUGACAAUGGAGAUCGCAAGACUUUGGUCAUUUGACGGUCGAUUCUACUUCAAAGAAUACAAAGAAAAAUGCGUUUCUCCUGCCGGCUUCGUUAUAUCCAGAAGACUUGCUAAGUUCUUCAUAGAAGAUUUACCUAUGUGCAUAAUCUUCUCUGUCAUUACGUAUUUCAUGUGGGGAUUGCGUCUCGGUUUGUCAUACCAAGAUACCGGCAGCGUUGAGUAUUUUUUCAAAUUUUUCGUGAUUAUCCUUUUCGUCGCUUUGGUUUCCAUGUCAACCGCAAGUCUUGCGUUUGCGUUGUCCAAUGACUUCUCCUCCUCACUUUUGCUCACAAACGUCUUUUAUCAAAUUCAAAACUCGGGUUGUGGAUAUUUCGUGAAUUCGAAAACUAUGCCCGUCUAUGUUCGUUGGACAAAGUAUAUUGCAUACUUCUGGUAUGCUUUCGGAGGUUUAGUGUCCAAUCAAUACACCAAUUGGGAAGGACAGUGUGAUUACCCACAAGGAGACCCUAGAUGCAUCGCGUUGAGCGGAAACCAUCAACUUCAUCAACUUGGAUACCCUCAAAAUUGGGUUGGUGCUCCAAUUGGAUAUCUAGCCAUUUGGUUUGUCGGAUUUAAUUUGUUGACAAUUCUCGUGCUUACGUACAUCAAAAAGUACGAUGUUGAAAUUGCUGGCAAGAAGAAGAACAGAAUUGGCACUGGUGAGACUGGACAAGAGGACAUGCUUGGUUCAGAUACGCUGGUGAGUGACAAGGAGAUUGUGAAGCAAAACAGUCCUUCUAUCAAUGUGAAAGGUAUCAAUUUGACUGUAAAAGUCAAGGCAUCUCAGAGCAUCUUUGCUAAGAAGGUGGACCGGGUUCUUUUGCAUGAUGUUAGCGCCAACUUCAUUUCUAACGCCGUGAACGUUAUCAUGGGACCUUCUGGUAGCGGAAAAACAACUCUUCUUAAUCUUUUGGCCGAUCGUCUUUCCAUGUCUUCGCCAAAAAGAAACGGAUCUAUUUUUUUAAAUGACACUCAGGAGAUUCUGCCCAGUGAAUUGUCUAAAAUUUCGGCUUACGUUACACAACAUGACAAUUUGCUUAUCUCCACUCUUACAGUAAGAGAAACAUUAUAUUACCAGGCCAUCUUGAGACUUCCAGCAGAUGAACAUCCAAGAAUUCCCUCUAUUAUAGAAAAUUUGAUGAGACAAACAGGUCUCAUUGAUUGCGCCGACACUCCAAUUGGUAACGAGUCCAAAAAGGGAACUUCAGGAGGUGAGAGGCGUAGAGUCUCCAUUGCGAUCCAGCUUUUGAGCCGGCCAAAAAUCCUUUUCUUGGAUGAGCCAACUUCAGGACUCGACUCUGCGACGUCAGUGUCCAUCUUACAAUUGUUAAAAGACUUAGCAUCGGAGGGAACAACCAUUGUUUCAACUAUUCACCAGCCCAGCAAGGCUAUGCUCGACAACUUUGACUCGCUCACUCUUUUGGCUAGAGGCGGACAUGUGAUCUACGAUGGUCCUAGAAGUCAAAUUGGCUCAUAUCUCAGCGACAAGGGUUACUCUUGCCCACCCUCUGUCAAUUUAGCAGACUACAUUUUGGAUAUUGUCUCUAUUCAACUUGAAGAGUCAAAGGAAAAUUCUGAGGCAAGAGUCUCGUUUUUAGUCCAAGAAUGGGAGAAAUCCGAGUCACUUUACAAGUCAUCGGAUUUCUCUGGAGAGCUGGUUGACAUGUCCUUGUUUCAUGGCCCUCGUGUUCCAUGGUUUAUCGUUUUCAAAGCUUUAUGUCAACGACUGUUCAUUGUCUCCUUCCGGGACGCGGACAUUCUUUUCACAAAAGUUUUCACCUUGUUUUUACUCGCGAUUGUCUACGCAUUGUACUUUUCACCCUUGAGAAAUACGGCAAUUGGAAUUGAGAACAGACUUGGUUUGUUCCAGUCCAUUUGUAAUGCUUAUUUCGUCGGUCUCCUCAAUAACCUAUCAUUGUUUCCAUCACAGAGAAAUUUAUUCCAUCAGGAAUACAAAGACAGGACUUAUGGUGUGACUAUAUUCUCCUCGGCUUAUUCCGUCGUGGCUUUUCCCUUCGAGCUCAUUCCAAGUAUUUUCUUCGCUGCAAUGGUUGUCUUCGUGGUUGGUCUACCAAGAACUCCAGAAAUGUUCUUCGCAAUUGUUUUUGUCAAUUACGCAGCUGUGAACUGUGGUGAAUCGGCAGGAAUCUUUUUCAACAGUAUUUUUACCCAUAUGGGGUUGGUGACAAAUGUUUUGACAAACGUUUUCAUGCUAGGACUCUUCAUGGCAGGAACCAUGUCUUUGCAAAUGCCAAAGUUUUUCAAGGCUUGGAACUAUCUCAAUCCUGUUAAAUAUGUGGUGCUCAUUUGUAUGAAUAUGGCCUUCAAGGACCAAGUGUUUCCUUGUGUUGACGGUAACUGCCACUUGGCCACUGGCCAAGCCGUGCUCGAGACUUACAAUUUGACCGGUCACAUUCCAACUCUCUUUGGAGCAUUGACUGCUUGUAUUGUGAUUGGACGUGCAAUUGCAGUUGCGUCUGUGUACAUUCGUGCUAAGUACUUCCUUUAA